ACUUUCUUUUUAUUUUUUAUUUUUUUUUCCAUCAAAUUGUUAUCCAAAACUGGUGUUGUUUCUUUCAUCAUAGCAAUGGCACUCUCAGCCUCUUGCUGCAUUGUUGCUUCAUCAAACAUUAACCCCUUACCAUCUUUUCCAUUCAGACUCCCUUCCUUAUGGCCAUCCACACAAAAGGUGAAGAUGGGGCCUCUCAGUGUUUCUCCAAUGGGUUUUGGAACAUGGGCAUGGGGGAAUCAGAUUCUAUGGGGGUAUAAGGAAUCUAUGGAUGAUGACCUUCAACAAGUCUUCAACAUGGCUGUUGACAAUGGUGUUAAUCUUUUUGAUACUGCUGAUUCUUAUGGGACUGGAAGGUUUAAUGGCCAGAGUGAGAAACUCCUUGGGAAGUUCAUUCGAGAUUUUCGAGAGAAAAAGGGGAGCAGGAGUAAAAUUGUGAUUGCUACAAAAUUUGCUGCUUAUCCAUGGCGCCUUACACCAGGGCAGUUUGUGAAUGCUUGCAGGGCAUCACUAGAUAGGAUGCAGAUUGAGCAAAUUGGGAUAGGACAACUACAUUGGUCAACUGCAAACUAUGCUCCUUUCCAGGAAUUAGCACUUUGGGAUGGUUUAGUGGCAAUGUAUGACAAGGGUUUAGUUCAAGCUGUUGGGGUUAGUAAUUAUGGACCGAAGCAGCUUUUAAAGAUACAUGCUUACUUAAAAGAACGUGGAGUUCCCUUAUGCUCAGCCCAGGUGCAAUUUUCUUUGCUAAGCAUGGGGGAAGAACAACUAGAGAUCAAGAGUAUAUGUGAUUCUCUGGGUAUUCGGGUAAUUGCUUAUAGUCCUCUGGGACUUGGAAUGCUUACUGGGAAAUACUCGUCAUCCAAACUUCCAACUGGGCCAAGGGGAUUGCUAUUUAAGCAAAUACUUCCAGGUCUGGAUCCUUUAUUGAGUUCCUUGAGAGAAAUUGCAAAUAAAAGACGCAAAACCAUGUCACAGGUUGCAAUAAAUUGGUGUAUAAGCAAAGGCACAAUUCCUAUUCCUGGAGUGAAGUCAAUAACACAGGCAGAGGAAAACUUGGGUGCUCUGGAUUGGCGCCUCUCCUCAGACGAGAUACUUCAGUUGGAGUAUGCAGCACAGGAAUCACCUCGUAGGAUGAUCCAAAACAUUUUCCAAACCAGAUAAUAGCAACAAGCCUCGGCAGCAUAAAUUGCACACUGAGAAUGACAAGGCAAAGCCACAGGGUUUUUAUCAUCUCAUAACGUGAAAAACAGGACAGAUUGUUGAACAAUUUCAUUUGUACUGGUUCAAAAGAGAAUACCCGAAUCAAGUACUGUAUUUAUUGUUAUGAGUUUGUAAUUCCAAAAACAUGAAUUGCAACCAUCCAACAUACUAUUGGACAAUCUUAAAAAUAUGUU